GACAUUUACUGAUAACAUCUGGCGGCAAAAAACGUGAGCGGUAGACAGUUAACAGCAGUUAACAAUGCGAAACACAGUUAGAAUGUAAACUGCUUUAAAAUGUAGACAUACAAACAAGUUAAACGUUUUCAAGUGAAACAACAAUGCGUACAAAACGAAACCAGAAACGGAAAAGAAGUGCUCCAGAUGAUUCUUUGAAGGAAAAUGCCCAUGGUCAUGCUACAAGAAGCAAACGUCGGAAAGAAGGGGACUUAAAUUCGGAUUUAGAACUGUCAAAAAUAACUCACUGUAGGGUUGAAAUCGAUAACCGAGAUGUGGACGCUAUUAAAGAAUACAAGAAAAAGGAGAGGAAAUGUAAGAAAUCACCAAGAAAGUGUAGAUCUAAGUGUGAUAAAGAAACACAUAAAGAAACACGAAGAGAAGACUUUGAAGAACUUCCAGGGUAUAAACAAUUGAUUGACAGGGAACCAACAUCAGAGGUUAAUUCCUCAAAAGAUAGCCAACCCAAACAAGGUACGAACAAAGAAAUUGAAGUUUUUAAUUUCAAAAACAAAACUUGGAUGUCAGACAUUACAUUUAUUGUUCAAGGAAAACGUAUUUAUUGCUCCAAGACUGUUUUAGCAAUGUUUUCUCCAGUGUUUCGGUCCAUGUUUAGGGAAAAAAAUUACAGACAAAAGGGGACAUUAGUAGAACUGCCUGGAAAGGAAUAUGAAAGCUUCCUUGAUUUUCUUAAAUGUGUUUUUCCAAAUGUCUCACAUCCUGACAUUACAAAGCAAAAUGUGUUUAAGAUAUUAGCAUUAGCAUUUGAAUACAACGUAGGUAAUCUGCUACAGCAGUGUGAAGAAUACUUGAUAAAAAGUAUAGAACUGCGCGAACCUUGCAUAAAUUCUCUAAUGCGUAUUUUGACUAAAGCUAAGCAGUACAAGCUGAAUGCAUUGAAAGAUCAUUGCAUAAAACUCCUUUCAGAUAAAGACCCAUUUGCUGUCCAAGCAUCGGGUGACAAAUUAGGACUUCAUGACACCCUUCAUUUUGUUCAGGGAGAAAUCAUCUUGAAGAAACAUCAAUUACUAAAAGAAGCCAGAUCAGAUCUUGCAAAAACCUGCAGAGCAUUUGAAAUGUCAGAUAUAAUGAAGGCCUUUGGUGGCUUUGAGCAAGCAGAAUCUGGUAAACUGGAACUUUGUCUGAAAAUUGACAAAGCUGAAGAUUUGAAUAAGCAGACAGCUAGGAGUGAAAGUGUUUCUCUGCAAGGAUUAAAGUUCUCGGCACAAACUGUUAUUUUUACAGCUUCAAAUACAGAUGAUGAUGAUGUAGUGUCCUAUCUUAACCUUUAUCUAAAAUGUAUGAGUGACGAGAGCAUGUACAAAGACUGGACAUGUGAUGUAAGGGCAAAAUGUAUUUUAAAAAUGCGUGUUCCAGGAGGUAGAAGAAAUGAACAAAUCACGAAGACAAAAACAUUCACCUUUUCAGAAAAUCACGCUUUUUUCACAGGCUUGAAAACCAAAUUAGGACCAUCAACUGGAAAGCAUUCUGGGUCAUUACAAGGUAGAGAAUUUGAAGCUGUUGUGUACUUCUUGGCAAAUAUGCCGAAAGAUCAGCCAUGAUUUAGAUAUGAAGCCAAGGAAUAUGUGGUCAAGUUGGAUGUAUUGGUAUGUUAUCUUAAAUGGGUUUAAAUACCAAUAGAUGGUAUAGAAGGUUAACCAGGAUAAAGGGUUACUCAAACAAUUUUGAUUUUUUGUUUGUUUUUCUGUGAAGAACAUCAUGAAUUGAACUAGUUACCGACAGUGAUAUAUGAGAAAAUGUCCAUCAAGACAACUUUAAUAUGAAAAGUUUGUAAGUAUAAACUUAUUGCAUGACAUUAUUGCAUGACAUCUAAUUACUGAAAUUUGAAUGCUUAAUUUCACAUUGCAGUUUGCAAGUGCAAAUGUUAUAUCAAGCCUUUUUUCAAGCAGCUCCCAAAAAAUAUGAUCUUGGGGAUUGGGAGGGCUGAAAACCAUGAUGCCUAGGUUGAGAAUUUUUAGCUCCACUUUAUCCUUUUAUGUGUACUUAGACAACAUCCAUUACUUUUGGCUUAAAUGAUAUUAAAAUCACCUUUAAAACAGUGUAAAAUAUAAUUUAGGAUACUUUGGUAUACUUGGCCUCUGUAUAUAGCUUGUCAAAACUUGCUUUCUAUAAACAGAUAUGGUUUUGGUCUACAUUAAAGAGCUUUGAGAUUCAGUAGUAGCUGUACAUGCUAUAAAAUAGUGCCAUUUUUUACAAGCUUAAAACACUAUAAUUUAGAGCUGUAAAUACUGUAUAAGAGUCAAACCUGUGUAUAUAGCAACAAAUGCAUGCUGUUGUGUUUGUAAUGAAUGGCAUUUGUUGACUGUUUGUCUCUGAAAACAGGUUUUGUACUGAAGAUAGGAAAUGUAUUAUUGCCUUUUAGUUAUGGGUUUUUCUGUAGGGAAGAAAUUCUAGUAUAAAGCCGCUAAUAGCACACUGACAGGUUUUGAUGAACAUCUUUCCAGUACUUGUAAUUUUAAUAUAUUUUAAGAUGCUUGAAGAAUGAUGGUUAAAGAUUUGAGUUUUUAUCAUAGUAAAUAUCUAAGUAGCAUUGAUAGUGUUAUAAGUA